UCUCUCUCACUCGCUCGCGCGCGCGCGCGCGGUGCUGCGCUGCGCGGCUGUGGCUUAAGUAUGCCUCACGGGAAGCUCAUCCCGGAGCUCGACCAUCGAGGCACGAAGGUCCUCAACCUCACUGUCCUUCAAAGGAUCGAUCCUUUCAUCGAUGAGAUCCUCCUCACUGUUUCCCAUGUCUCUCUCUACAAGUUCAACCUCGAUUCCAAUCAAUGGAGUCGCAGGGACGUCGAGGGAUCACUCUUUGUUAUCAAGAGGAAUUCCCAGCCCAGAUUCCAGUUCCUUGUCAUGAACCGUCGAAACACAGAGAACUUAGCGGAAGAUAUUUUGGGGGAUUUUGAAUAUGACGUCCAGCCUCCCUAUUUGCUAUACCGCAAUGUUGCCCAGGAAAUUAAUGGUAUCUGGUUCUAUAACUCUGAGGAAAGUGAAACUGUUGCAAAUCUCUUCAGCAGGAUAGCUAGUGCAUUUUCCAAACAACCUCUGAAGCCUACACCUUCUGCUGGUACAAGUGAAUUCAAGGAGCUUGAAGCUGUCCCAGGUUUGGCUGUGAUCGAACGUCCUUUGGAGCCAUUGACAUCAUCUGCUGCCCCCAGGGAUCUAAUUUCUAACCUCUUUAGUGCAGCUAAGCUCGUCGGAAGUGAAUCAAGUUCGGCGGUUUCUGGAAAACAACAUCAAACAUUUGAACCUCCAUCUUCAAUUGAUCAAUCAAUUAGUUUGUGUCUGUCCCUACUGCCAACUCUUCAACAAGCCACUAGAUCACCAUCUACAUUUAGUCCUCUAAUGCCUUAUGUCAACUCUAAAGAAUCAUCAAGCAGCCCUCUUAUCAGACCUCUUUUUACACCUUCAUCUUCUUCUUCUUCAUUACUUCCCCAACUGAUCUCAUCUUCUUCAUCUGUUGCACCUCCAGUCUAUCCUCCUGGGACCAUGCAACACCCAUACGGAACUCCAUUGUUUCAACCCUUUCCAUCUUUAGCUCAAACUUCCAGCUUAGGUUCUGUUAUUACAAAAGAACAAAUACACAAUGCAUUUCUCAAGCUUGUGCAGAAUGAUCAGUUCAUUGAGAUGGUGUACCAGGAACUACGGAACGCACAUGAUACAUAGCAGGAUGUUUAAGUGUGGGAUCUUAUUUUUCAUCUUCUUGUAUAGGUUUUUCCAAAGUAGAAAACUACAGUAAUGUUUUCAAGUGUUCAUAAUGAAAGGUCACCACAUCAAUGCACUGUGAAUGAAAUUGCGCAGUGCCGGAUAUAUAG